AUGAAAACUCUGCGAAUGUUUGGUGACCCACAAACAGGUCAACUGAGUGUGGAAUUCCUCGGACUUCUAAUACUUGCAUUACUUGCUUAUUUCGGUCAUUUAUUGGCCAGAUAUGGCUUGUUCACAGACAAAUUUCUGGAUAGAGGAACCUACAUAUGUGAAUAUAAGGGAGAACUGAUCGAUGGAAAAGCUGCUGAUUCUCGAAAGGACUUUGGAUUCUUGUUUUAUUUUACGCAUAAAGAAGAAUCUAAAUGUGUUGAUGCAAUGAAAAGCAAGGGCAUUGCCAAGUAUGCUAAUGAUGAAUGGGUUCGACCAAAUGCCAGGGUUGUGAAGGAGAUUAUAGAUGAUGAACCAUAUCUUUUCCUCAAAUCCAUACAAAAUCUUAAAGAAGGAGAGGAGAUUAGAUAUGACUAUAAUGAUUCAUCAGCUCCAUGGAGAAAACAGGUUAUACAACAAUCCUUAUUUAAUACUUAUAAAAUGACCAAUUGUCUGAUGGAUUGA